ACCUUUCGUCUAUGUUGAAUGUUCAUUUAAGCAUCAAAUCAUAACUUCCCUUCCAAUGAAACACACAUAGCUUGUCAGGUUGAUAUGGAAAACAGACUUGUUUGCGAAAACUGCCGUCAAAAGUUUUCAGCCUCGACCACAGCCGAGACCGUUAUUUGCCCGCAUUGCCGUGAGGUUAACCCCAAUCGGCCGCUAAGGAAACAGUCGCCGACGCCUGCCGGUGGAGACCAAGACAGUUUAGUUCUCUCACUCAUACGCAACUUGCUAUGCAGAAUCCUGUUGUAUUGUCCCCUGCGACCGCAAUUGGCUUCGGGGCAGUCGUCGGACCGUUACCCUAAGACUUGCGGUCUGGAUAAAGUUGGGGAAUUGGGUGACAAACGUGCCGUGCUUUGUGGUGUGAGCUACAAAAAGUGGAAGUAUAAGCUCAAAGGUACCAUAAACGAUGUGUUCAACAUGAAAAAUUUGUUGAUUGAACAGUAUAAAUAUGAGGAGGAAAACAUGCUACUUCUCACAGAGGAACAACCAGACGCCCGGCUUAUACCAACGAAGGCAAACAUCGAGAACUGCUUGAAAUGGCUGGUGAAGGACUGCAAAUCAGGUGAUUCGCUGGUUUUCUAUUACUCCGGCCAUGGGUUACGGCAACCUGAUUUUGAAAACGACGAGCUUGAUGGGUUCGACGAGACGAUCUGCCCUGUUGAUUUUCUGAAAGAAGGCAUGAUCCUCGACAAUGACAUCUAUGACACCAUUGUUAAACCGCUCAUUCAUGGUGUCAAGCUUCAUGCCAUUGUUGAUGCUUGCCAUAGCGGAACUAUUCUUGAUCUAGAGCACGUCUAUGAUAGAGAAAAAAAGGAAUGGACAGAUAACAAGCCUCCAUCGGGGAAGAGAAAACAAACAAGGGGUGGAAAAGCUUAUUGUAUCAGUGCUUGUGAAGAUGACCAGGUUGCUGCUGACACAACUGCAUUUAGUUCGAAGCAGAUGAGCGGUGCAUUGACAUACAUUUUAAUAGAAGUUGUAAGAGGAAACCCAGGUAUAUCAUACGGGAAAUUACUUGACAAGAUGCAAGACAAAAUCGAUCAAGCUAACCAGCAAGGUUGCGCCGGUGGUUCUGGAUUUUUAAGCACAAUUUGUGGUCCCAAUCUCACACAGAGGCCUCUUCUUUCAGCUUCUGAAGAGUUCGACAUUUACCAGACCAAAUUUCAACUGUGAUUGUACAUACAUACAUACAUACAUAGUUGAAGCAACGUAUAGAAGGUAGCUUUGGAGAGCCAAAGGUUUCAUUUAUUGGGGAUAUCUUCAAGUGGAGUUCUCUGGUAAAUUACAAGGAAAUGGAAAUCUUUGUACAAUGUACACUCAAAUCUUGGUUCAUUUAGCUAAUGGAACAAUGGAAGUAAAAGUUGAAGAAAGGUGUAUCAUCGCUUUUUCAUUGGUC